UUGGAAAAGAGAUCGGAGCUUGACUCAGGAUGCCAGAAAAUAAAAUUUAUGGAACAAAGUGGAGGCACCGACAAAGAAGUGUCUAGCUAAAGUUUUCCGUCAAAUGCACCAGUUAUGCGGGUUAUAGCUGGAUGUUUUCAGUUCUUGGGACCAUGUGCUGGUACGGAUGGCUCAUGUACUUCGUCUUACUGCUGUUUGAUCGACAAGAAGCCAAGAGGCCUGCCCGGGAUGUUGAUGAGCUCAUGAGUCAGUAUGACUACAACCGCCUGCUUCGAGAAAACAUUCCCAGGCCUCAUUUCUUCGUCUUUCCAACACAAGUUCGCAACAAAAGCCUCUUCCCCAUCUCCACUAAAGAGCACCACUUGAGACAUCAUGGAACCCAUGAACACAUGAAACAUGUCAUGAUACAGCUCCAGCUGGAUGAUCAGAAGGUCAAAAUCAAACUUGACCGAAAUGAUGAUCUGCUGUCAUCUGGGAUUUUGGUCAAACACUACACAGAAACUAAUCAUCAGAUUAUUACCAAGACAGUGGAGCACUGUUAUUAUCAUGGGACAGUGAAAAAAGAUGGCUGGUCAAGUGUGGCAGUUAGCACAUGCCAUGGAAUCAGAGGUGUCGUCCAAAUGCACAACGAGACCUACAUCAUUCAGCCCUUGAUAGGAGGAGAUGAAGGCAUGGAACACCCUCAUGUGGUCUAUCAAGGCACAGUCUCCACUGAAGAAAAAUGUGGCAACACAGCAGGACUAUGGCUUCCAUUUCAUGAGCUGCAUAAAGGGGAAUUCAUCAAGCGCCUUAAAUUCUUAAAAGCUCAGCGGCAUGAUCUUGGUAUUGAUCCAGAUAUGCCGAAGGUUUUGCGAAUAGGUCUAGUAUUGGACAAAUUUAUGUACAUGGGACUCAAUUUUAGUCAGCAGCUAGUUACUCGGUAUGCCUUGGAGAUAGUCAACAUAGUAGACUUGUAUUAUCGUAGUAUGGGCUUCCAUAUUGCUCUGUCAUAUUUGGAGUAUUGGGAUGUGGCAGACAGAUUCAUUGUAAGCACACAACAACGUGAGCUUUUGGAAAAAUUUCAGAACUACAAGACCUCUUCAAUGCCAGCUGAAACUUUUGAUGUUGCCUUCUUUCUGACGGGCAAACAUUUGGACGGUGGAAGUAUUGGCAUUGCCAUACCUGACUCUGUAUGUUCAGACAGAGCUGUGGGAAUAUUAAAGAGCGGAAAGCCAUUUGAACCACAGCAAACAGCAGCAACUCUUGCUCAUAUGAUUGGCCAUACUCUGGGGAUUGAUCAUGAUGAAGAUGCUGAUUGGCGGAAACUAUAUCACCAAGGUGGCUGUGAUUGUUCUGACUCGUAUGGAUGCAUCAUGUCUGUUGAUGUUUUGAAACACAUGGGUCUUCAUUCCCGCAUGUUUUCAACAUGCAGCAAGUCUGAUUUAGAUGUUACCAUCAGCAUGGGUAUAACAUCCUGUCUCCAGGGAGCUCCACCAGUAGCUUCUCAGUUUACACAGACCUGUGGCAAUAGCAUUGUAGAAAGAGGAGAGGAGUGUGACUGUGGCACAGUUAAGGAUUGUGAGGUCAAGGAUCCAUGCUGUGAUCCACACACCUGCCUCCUGAAGUACUGGGCUCAGUGUCGCUCAGGACCAUGUUGUGCUAACUGUACCGUGUUAGAUUCAAGCCAUAUGUGUCGGGAACGUCAGUCAGAAUGCGACAUCCCAGAGUUCUGUGAAGGAGAAAGUGGCAGUUGCCCGUUUAACACCUACAUUGAAGAUGGUCACCCAUGUGCUGAUGGUAAAGGUUACUGCAUUGGUGGCAUUUGCCCCACUCUGGAUCAGCAGUGUUCUGACAUUUGGGGACCAGAUGCUGAAGGGGCUAGUCAGCAGUGUUACCAACGCUUCAAUCCCACAGGCAACUUCAAUGGACACUGUGGUAAAAAUCGAAGCACUGGCAAUUAUGCCAAGUGUAAUCAAGAAGAUAUUUUGUGUGGCCUGCUGCACUGUGCUGAGGGAGUAGGGCAACCAUUAUAUGGAACAGACAAAGGGUUUUCAAAAACAACAGUCAAUGCUAAUGGAGUGGAGUAUGAAUGCAAGACAGUCCAUGGUCCAGCUAUGAUGGAUAUGCCUCAUAUGGGCCUUGUGCAGGAUGGCACACGGUGUGGGCACAAUCUUAUUUGCAGCAAGAAUCGAUGUGUGCCACUGCCUUUCAAUCCAGUCUUAAACUGCCCUUCCAGUAAUACAACAGUUAUUUGUUCUGGCCAUGGGGUAUGCACUCCAGCAGAUCAGUGCUUUUGUGAUGACGGAUGGACAGGCCAAGAUUGCAGCACAGAACUAAAUAUCACCACUGCUGUGCCAGCACCGUCUGGUCCAGACACCCCUUUUACCUCUUCCACAGAACCAACCCUUCUUGUGAAAGUUGUGCCCCCUGAAUUAGAUGAACUGAUCUCCAGACAGACAUCGCCAGGAAAUAUUGAUGUGGCAGCAGCUCCAGUGACAGCAGAGUCACCAGGACUGAGCACAACAUGGCUAAUCAUUAUUUUAGCCUCGGUGAUUGGUGCUGUAGUGCUGGUAUUGGGCAUUACUCUUAUCUGCUACCGCCGCCAGUCACCAUCCAAACUUGGCUUCAGCAGCAGUCAGAAGGACAACAGCAAAAACAAGCAGAAAAAGCACAAACAAUCAGGAAAGAAGAAAAAGUGGCUGUCAAGUGAGGAUGAAAGUGAAUUAGGAGAGUUGCCACCCCCACCUGUAAUAAUCUCUGACCCCAACAGCCUGAUGCCAGAGAAGGGCAUCCUAAAAAAUUCCUGCCCAAAGCUUAUUGGCAGCAGUCAAAGGGGAAGCGACUCUGGUGGCUCUCAGGGUGCCAGAGGCAGUGAGUCUGGAACAUCUUAUGUUGAUCAGGACUCUGUAGGACCCUAUCUUUAUGAUGAAGAUGAAGAUUUGGAGGCUGAAGAGAUCCGCGAGAUCUUUCAUGACCUGGCUGUUGGCAACUCAUUGGAUAACCUGGACAAUAUGCCAGAAUCUGCCAGCUUUGAUUUUGUGAUUCCUCCACCACCCCCUCCACAGUUUCAUCUCCAAAGCAUUUUCCCAUCACCUCCUGCACCUCGUCAGAGGGUGAAGCUAGAGCCACAAUCCACACAGACCUCUCAGUCUGACUUUGAUACUGCUCCACUGAUGUGGCGGUCAGCCAUCCCUCCCCAAACUUUGUCACCCCCACAAUCUCGCAUUGUUCGUCUGCGUAAUUUUGGUGAUUUGAUGGCCAGGUUUGAUAAAAGCACCAUUGAUCUAUCCCCUUCGCCCGAUGAGCCUCCAGUGCAAUUGUCUCCAUCAACAUGUACUUCGGAAGAUGUGAGGAGCAGCGAAACAGAGCCAGACAGAAUGUACUGCAGGACGUCUCAUUCUGACCACAGUCCCACUUCCAUUGCUAGCAGCUCCACACAACAUACCCACAACACCAACAAUCGGCCCAGUUUUGGCAACCUGAGCCAGUACCUAUUAAAGCGCAGCAACCUGAGUGCAACUUCUGGAGAUGGGUUUGAGGAUGGUGAAGUGGACGAAAGUGGAAGAUGUUCCCACCCAUCCUGUUCCAUGCCACCUCCAAUGAAUCCUAUAGACGUAAGAAACAUUUUCAACUUGGGACAUGCAGCUACGGCAGCAAACACUGCUGCUAAUCAUGGCAACAUCUUGAGUUCAGCACCAAGUCGAGAAAGCAAUGACACGCCAGUUGGUAGCCAGGGAAUGGAUUUUGCUUCCUACACUGGAAAUGACAAUUUGAAGAAUGCAGGGGCUAUCUAUGACAAGAGCUCAGGUUAUGGCAGUGAACAUGAUGCGGGUGAACGGUUUAGCAUUGAUGAAAAUUCCCAGCACUCUCGUUCUCAGUCUACCUCACCACCUUCCUACAGUGCAGUCAUCCGCACAGGCCCAAACCAGAUACAGCUGGUUCCAGCUAGUCAGCUUCUUGGUGGCUGCAGCAACAGUGGUAGCCAGGAAGAACUUCAGCGACUGCUGGAAGGCUUACCACGUAUCAACGCAGGAUCUUUUGAACGCAGCCCUCUGCUGUCGGCUACACCCAGCACCCCCAAUACUGGACCAAUCCCAGCCCCAUCUUCAAAACUUCUGGCAAGGGACCAUUCUGAUGACGUUUCUAACACGCCAUGCAUAGAUCGUAGCCUAGAAGAAAUCCCACAGGUCUUUAGGGAACAAGAAGAUAAGAAGACAUGGAAUCCCAAUCGCCGAUCAUAUGGCAGAAAAACCAAGCGUCCCGUCAGCUUGACUGCUAACCAUAAAGGUAGUUCAGUGGAUUCAGAGAACAGCAUUGUGCAGGAGCUGAAAGGAAAGAAACUCUCUCCGGUAGGAAAGAGACAAGAGUUAUGUUGAUUCUGAGUGUUGUGACAUUUGACCUGAGCCCUCAUUAUACUAUUUGUCAAUAAUGGGACUUGAAUAACUUUUGCUACAUGACAUGGUGAAAUAGUUUGCUCCAAACAAUAAUGCUUGAUAUCAUUGUUACAAGAAAUCCUGUAAAUACAAAUGCAGCACACUUAGUUUAAGGGUUAGAAAUGCAUUUAUUUCUUAUUGAAGUACUGGUUUUCUUUGAAAACUAGUUGUGAAUGGCUUUAAUCACAAAACAGUUAAUGCUUAGACAUAAUUUUAUGGUAGAUACAGCAUAAUGAACAACAUUUAUAUACAGCACGAGCUUAACUGGUAGUCUACAUGCUUAUUUUCAGUCACCAACAUGACCAUUUAAACUUUUGUAAUUUUAUAUAUGCAAAUUUUAAAAGUGCCAAGUGGGUUGCCCAUAUCUAGGUAAAAAAUGUUUUCUAGAAAUUAAAUUGUUAAUUAGUCAUAUAUCCUAACAGUUUUGAAAGAUUUUAAAGUAUUUUUAGAGACUCCAGAAAAGAUGAGUGUGAUUAUUGCAAACUAGUGCAGUGUCUUUUAACCAGAUGCAGAAGCAGCAUAUAAUUUGAACUGGCUAUAAUCAAUAGAAUGUAUGACAUUAGAGUGUGCUUCAGAUUUAAGGUUUAAACUUACCAUGCUCAUAAUUCCUGCUAAUGCUGGAUGAUUAUUAGAUAUGGUGCAACAAAAACUUCAACUAGUAGUUGGUAAAAAGGAAAGGCAGAAAAGGCACUGCAUUUGUAGAAAAUAUUAAGUAAGAUGAUAACACUCAUAGAUUUUAAUUUGCUUAUUUCAGUGCUAAUAGUAUACUUUAAAACAUUGCUGCAUCUUAGUUAAUGCCAAAGAUUUUUCCUUGUUUGUGCAUUCAAGAGACAGUGGGUAGAUACUGCCAUUUUGCCUUCAAGAGCCUAGUUUUUAAAAAAGUUUUUUAGACUGCACAGUGGCCUUCAUAGUAAUGCUUUAUGCCAUAGUGCUAAAGAGGACAGACCAGUAAGUAGUCUUUGUAAAAAACUGCAUACACUGAAUGUUGGUGGAAGUAUGCCAUGUUGUUACUUAACAUUUACUGUUGUGUUGCAUUUACUGUAACAAAAUUCUUUGGCAGACAUUGAUGUACAGCAUGUUAAAUGUUGAGUCUAAGGCAUUGACAGUAGAAUAGAGGGUUAUAAACCCAGUCCCUUUAUUUCUGUAUUUUAGGGUUUUCUUUUAUUUUAAAUAGAUUGAAUGCAUUUAGAUAGUCUAGAAGCAGUCUCAUUUCAAGUAAAAAUAGACAUUGCUGACGAAGAAGAACACCCAAACUAAAACAUAGUGCAACAUGUACAGGAUUUCUUUUUAUUACCAUUAUUGCAUUUUUCUCCAUCUUGUUUUUGUCAGAUAGCAUCAGGUUUAACAUCAUUCCCUGUUUAUUUUAUCAUUUGCUCUUGGUAUUGACAAAAUUUGUUCAUUGCCUCUUCAAAUGCUUUUUCAUAUCAUGUCAUAUGUUUUUUGAUAUUUUGUCACCUAGAAACUCAAUGUCACAAGCAUGCCAGAUUUGCCAAAGUGAGUGGUGCUAUUGACUGGUAUCUGCCAUUAGUGUGAACUAAAAUGUAUGGGAUGGUAAGAAGUUGUAGUAUGUGUAAAAAUGACAUAAAAAAAUCAUCCAAGAUGAUUAACAAUAAUCCUUAUCAACAGAAAUUGCUUUUUUUUUCAUUCGAAUUUGUUAAAGCUGACUUAGUUAAGUAAUCUUUGUGUAGUGUUUUUUUUGAGUGUUUUUCAUUUGUUCAGGAGUCUUGCAUUUCUAAGAACAUAAAUGUCAUUGGCUGCAGACAUUUCUCACUAUAUUUCAAACCUUCUUUCAUAUGCUGAGGUAUUAAAUGAUCUGAUUCCUGGGUCAGUGAGUUUGCUAAUGGUAUUCGAAAAUAUCCACCAUAGAGUUGUAAGAAGGGAGUCUGCUUUUGCAUCCAGCGUUGCUCUAAUGGGCCUCCACUGUACAUUUUUGCAAUGUUUAUGAUAUAAAUGCUGGUGUGAAGAUGAUAUUUGUAAACCACAUAAUCUGUCUCAUUAUCAUUUGCAGUGAGUUAUUUUGGUUGUUGGUGAAAGUAGUGUCAUUGUUUAUCAGAACGGUUACAAAAAUUGUUUUUUUAGUAAAAUUUUAGCUGCAGAGUUUUAGAAGAGGAGGAUGUGAGGAAACAAUGAUUUUGGGUCUGGAUGGGGGUCAGGGAAAAAGCAGGCAUGCUGUGCCAGUCACUGUUGACUAAGAAGAGCUGUGUUAUGCCAGUUACUGUGGAUUAAGAAGAGCAGUAAGAACAGUAACAUGUAAAAGAAACAGUGUACUACAAGUGUAAUUUUUGCAAUAAUAAUACUUAGAUGCCAGUAAGUCACUGGUAAAGUGAGCCAGUAGCUUAUCAGCUGAGGUCUUUUUGAGACUGAUUUAUUUGUAGCAGCCUGUUUUUCUUCCGAACAAAAGCUAUGAAAAUUGUUAUGUGAAAAACAAGAAUGCCAGAAAUGUUUUUAAAAUGCUAUCGCUGAUCAUUACAUUGAAUCCUUCAAUUUUGUAGUUUUUAAGAAUAUAGUUUAUUAUUUUACACAUUUAUUCACCGAAAAUACUCCAAAGAAAUGGCUUUUACCUUUUUAUUGAAAGUAUUGUGGAUUUUUUUAAGCCUUGAUAACCAUAUCUUUCAUUUGCACAGCCUUUCCUGAAUCCUGAAGGUUAUCUUCAGAUGGCAUCAGCCAUGGAUCUUCCAGCUGCUUAAUCUUAAUCACAGUGGAAAUGUCCUGGGGUCAGUGUCAACAUUCUCUUGACCAUUAUGCUUUCUUGCCAUUUAUUAAGGACUAUUAGGUACGUGAUGAUAUUAAAGGCAGUAUUGUUUGUCUGUUGUUAAGAAGAUGUAGUGGUUGUUCUCUUGUCCUCUCAUUUUUCUCAUUAGCAAUGCAGCAUUUAUUUCAUUGGCUGCUGUGCUAAAAGAAGACACUUUUCAAAGACAGAUACAUGAACAAAAAGUAUAGAAAUUUACUGUUUUAUAGCAAGUCUUACAUCAAGAAAAUUCAGAGAUAGAAAAUUUUGCUCAAAGUAACAAUAUCUGAUAAGCAGAGAAGCUUAAAAGCAUUGUGUUGCUUUUGUUUGAUAGGUUAGAUCUUAUCUUUUCAAGACAACCAUGACAGUAUGAGCUGUAUCAUAAUAUUUCUGUACUAUGCUCUGUAGCUUUCAAACAUGCUGUAUAUUUUGUGUGAUGAUUUUUCAAGGCUUUUAAACUGUUUCAAUAUUUGUAAAUAUUGCUAGUAUUUGUAAAUUUUUUUCUUUCAACUUGUGGGGGUCUUUUUGAUCUUUUGCCCUCAGAGCAAGACUUUUGAUAUUUCAUUGAAAAUAUUUGAACAAGAAAACUUUUUAUAUCCACAAAAAAUUUUAAUGAUAUAACCACCCAAUUUAUUAGACAAUACAUGGCUGUUUCUUUCUGCAGGCUUGAAACAUUCUUUGAUGCUUUCAAGCAUUUAUAUUUGUAAAAUUGACAGCUUUUGAAAAUAUGAAAUGGCUUGUUAUCAGGAGAAGUGACUUUUUUUUCAAUUUUUAUUGUUUUUGAUGGCUAUAAUCAUCAGAAGUGACUUGAAACUGGUUAAAAACAUAUUAAAGUGAACUGCUGAAGUGGCUUUUUUGGUAUGGUGGGGUGGGAGGUGAAACUGAAUAUGAGUACUAGAUUUAUAGAUUUGCUGGAAAUGGGAUUUAAGCUCAUUUGUACAAUUCAGGUUUUACUGCAAACUCAGGUAAUGUUCAGCAGUGAAACGUAAACUACAUAAAACGAACUUGGAUGAUUUUUGGAUGGCUUUAUUUUUAAAACUGAUGUGAGACUGUAUUGUCUCAGGCAAGGGUGAUAUAUUAACAGGCUACAAUUGUUUCUUUUGAAGACAACUUGUUUAUUAAGGCCAUUAUAUUUGUGAUUUUUGCAGACAGCCUAGUUAUAGGGACCAAUGAAAAGAAUUUGCUUUUGCAGUAAAAGUUUCAAGUGUCUUAAAUUGCCCUUGCUGGUACAUGUAUACCAGUCCAAUCAAGUCACUUUGUUUUAUAAUUUAGUUUAUAUCUGAAUUUUUGACAUCAGUCCUAAGAAAAGUUUCACUUAUGUUACUGCAACACUUCUCUCCUUCCUCUUAUAAAGAUAACAAAUGUACUGAAAAUAACAGAAAUAUCUUAUUCUAACAAUCUUACCCAAGUUUGUUUACAAAUAAUUUUGGUAGAAUUUUUGUUCUAUUAUUGAUUUGUUUCAACAUUUCAUCCAGUGUUUCAGUCCUAUUUGUACUGUCGUGAAAGUUAUACUCUUGCAAACACAAAAAAGCUGAAAGUGCAAUAUGCUGACAAAUGUGACUUUCCAGUCUGUUGUCUGUGUAUCAUACAUAAGCUGUGUCUUAUAGUGUAACUGUCGAGUAUAUGUUUUGUGAUCUCUGUUUGUGUACAUAAUGCACCGAAUAUUACAAUAGCCAUAAUGCAUGCAUGUUUUGAGAAGUGCACUUGCAUAAUAAGUGUUGUAAUGUCUGCGCUUUUGUGAGGUGGACCAGUGUUUUCUUAUUAUUUUUUUAGGGUUUUUUAAAUUUUAGGAAAGCACUUGUGGUGUUUGUUGAAGUUUGCAUAUUGAGAACAGUUGUCAAGCAUCAUUGAACAUGCUGAUAACAUUAUGCAAUGGGUUGUGACUCUGUAGUAAUGCAGUUCUUGCUCUUCUUGCAUUCCAACAUCCCUUCUUGUUUAUUCAAAUGAAGAUCUUUACAGUUAUUGACUAAAGAGCUCUGCUUUGUAGAAACUCUAACCCUAACUAUCCUUAUUAAGUUGCAUUGCUGGUUAUUUUUCUGAACGGAAAAGGGAAAAAGAAAGUUCCCCGUACAAAGCAUCAUAAUAUGAAUAAUGUUUAAAAAGUCCCUAGUUACCUCCCCGUCUAUCAUUUUUUUCUUCCCCCAUUCCUGCGCUGCAUACUCCAUUGUUACUGAUGCUAUGUUAUUAUUAUUGCCUAAUAAGCAGUGUUACACAGUAAAUGGAAAACAGUGUGGUCAGUAAUCGUUAUCAGUUUUUUUUUUCAAGAGUAUUUUGUGUAUUUGUAACACCUCUAUGCUGUAAAUGAACAUUUCUUUUAACUUUUUUUUUUUCCUUUUUAUUUGUUUCCAUCUAUGGGUACAUUGAGUCUUUAUUCAUUUUAAAGUAGGAAGUUGGCAAUGUGUAAACCAUAGCUCCAGUAAUUAGGAGCAAUUCUCAAUUCAGUUCAUUAGGACCAUCAUUAGAUUAAUAAAUUUUAUGAGUUGUUGCAUUGUUUACCACAUUUUUUAUAUUGUUUAUCAGAAAAGAUUUCAAACGCCUUGUUAUAUAUUUGGUGGCAUUUGUAGCAGAACAAUAGAAUGCAUAGAACUGCCAACAGCAGUGGGAGCUAGUGAAGGUACCUGUACAUAUCCUUUACGACACCUAGUCGCAGUUCAGCAUAUCUUGAGUCUCAGUGUGACCUGUGUUGGUACAGUGAAUAGUCAAUAUGUUACCACCCAUCAGGAUCUCAAAAAAGAAAAUAAAACAAUCACCCGGGUUUUGUUUUUGUCUACACUCUCAAUAAAGGAUACGUUGUUACAG